UGUUUUGUUUGCUCAUUCUUCAGGGAAGAUCAAUUUCCCUAACCUUUCUUUACUGUAUUACGUUUUCGCUCGCAUCGAAGUUCUACUUCGUUUACUUUCAUUACGAGAAGUUAAGUAUUUUGGUGACCCAACUCAAAGUUAGGCUACUUCUUGGCUGUUUUUGCCCUAGAAUUCUUUGUACCUCGUGGGGGGUAUGGAGACAGGCGGCAAUUCAUUAUCAUCUGGGCCUGACGGCGUGAAGAGGAAGGUCAGCUAUUUCUACGACCCUGAGGUCGGGAAUUACUAUUAUGGGCAGGGGCACCCAAUGAAGCCACACCGAAUCCGAAUGACGCAUGCCCUUCUCGCCCAUUAUGGCUUACUCCAGCAUAUGCAGGUUUUCAAGCCUCUUCCUGCGAGAGAUAAAGUCCUCUGCAGAUUUCACGCUGAUGAUUAUGUGGCGUUUCUUAAAAACAUUACCCCUGAAACGCAGCAAGACCAGUUGAGACAGCUUAAGCGCUUCAAUGUUGGUGAGGACUGUCCUGUCUUCGAUGGCCUUUAUUCUUUCUGUCAAACUUAUGCUGGUGGAUCUGUUGGUGGUGCCGUUAAGUUAAACCAUAAGGUUUGUGAUAUUGCUGUCAAUUGGUCUGGUGGUCUACACCAUGCGAAGAAGUGCGAAGCUUCUGGGUUCUGUUAUGUCAAUGAUAUUGUUCUGGCGAUACUGGAGCUCCUUAAACAUUAUGAGCGUGUUUUAUAUGUUGACAUUGAUAUCCACCAUGGAGAUGGUGUUGAAGAGGCUUUUUAUACAACCGACAGAGUCAUGACUGUAUCGUUCCACAAAUUUGGAGAUUAUUUUCCCGGUACAGGAGAUAUAAGAGACAUUGGUUAUGGGAAAGGAAAGUACUACUCACUUAAUGUUCCUUUGGAUGAUGGAAUUGAUGAUGAGAGCUAUCAUUACUUGUUCAAACCUAUAAUGGGAAAAGUUAUGGAAGUUUUUAGACCUGGUGCUGUUGUUCUCCAAUGUGGUGCUGACUCUCUUUCUGGCGAUAGGCUAGGAUGCUUUAACCUGUCAAUAAAAGGUCAUGGAGAGUGUGUUAGAUAUAUGAGAUCAUUCAAUGUGCCUCUAUUACUGCUUGGUGGGGGUGGCUACACCAUCCGUAACGUUGCUCGCUGCUGGUGCUACGAGACAGGAGUUGCUCUUGGGAUGGAGGUUGAUGACAAAAUGCCACAGCAUGAAUAUUAUGAGUAUUUUGGUCCUGAUUACACUCUGCAUGUUGCUCCCAGUAAUAUGGAGAACAAAAAUACACACCUUAUGCUGGAAGAAAUACAGGGAAAGCUACUUGAAUACCUUGCACGACUUCAGCAUGCGCCCAGUGUUCCAUUUCAAGAAAGGCCUCCUGAUACUGAACUCCCUGAGGCGGAUGAAGACCAGGAGGAUAAGGAUGAGAGAUGGGAUCCAGACUCAGAUAUGGAAGUUGACGAAGAGAGAAAACCCAUCCCAAGCAGAGUUAAAAGAGAAACGGUUGAGACUGAAAUCAAAGAGCCGGAAGUUAAUCCCGAGAGUACUAGAGGUUUAGAAAAAGCAGCUGCGGAGGCUACAAGUGCAAAGGCUUUAGAUAUAGGUUCUCUCAAACUUGAAGAGUCGGGCGUAAAACUCGAAGAGCCCAGCAAGCAGAAUGACCAAAUGUUCCCCUAGUCUUUGAAAGGGUGAAGAGGGCAGGGGAUCAAACACAGGAACAACUGACUCCAAGUAAAUAGAGGUGACUUUUGACAUUCUUUGUUGCACAGAUUUUUUAGACUUGGUAGUUUUUGUGCAAGAAUGAGCUGAGUCGUGGAAAUCUCGUUGUGCCUCAAGUAUUUGUGUAUAGAAGUCUGGAGUUGAUAUGGAUAAUCUUAUUAUUUAGACCAGUUAUGGAUGAUUUGCGCAAUGUUGCGAAAUGUAAAUCACCAUGGAGAAUAGAGUUUUCUGAGAUCUGUAGGUCAUGUCACUGGAGCUACUUAGUUCUUUGCCUCCCUAUGUGUCUUAAUUUAGCCCAAUACGUUUCUUUGAUCAAGAUGUUAGAGGUUAGAAUUCUCAUUUCCGAGAAUUGCCAUUUGAAACUUUGCAGGAGGGAUGGAGAAUUCUUAUUUUGGGAUGGGGACACAAUUUUCAUUCCAUCUAAAAGUUACAUAAAUCCUUUGUUC